GGGAAACGCAGUUAGUUCUCUAGUUCAUCUCGUCUCCCAGUGACAGGUCAAAACACGUAAAUUCCUGCAAUCCGCGCCACCUUGCAGCGGCCCGGCUACCUCCAUCCGUCCCUCUCGGCUACCGAUCGCUCACGCAUGUAUUUACACUCUGAGGUGGUCGCCAGAUCCAGAAUCAGAAACAGAGAACAAGCAAAGCAUUAAAUUACAGAGGUCAACGCCCCGCGAGCCAGCCAUGGACCAACCUCACCCCGCGCCGUACGAUCAGCUGUCGCCCCCCUCCUCAGUGGCCGACCAGAUCUGGGACAUGGCCCUCACAGACCCCGACUAUGCCUCCCACAUCCUCGACACCGAAAAUGCCGCCGCUCCCUUGCCGGUCCGACUCACUCGAUUAGCCCACAUGGCCUCGCAGCUGGACCCCUUGUCCAAGAUCGACGCCGGCACUCUCCACCACUGUCUCGACACCCUGGAAUCCCUGCUGGACCCGCGUCCAGGAUUGUCACAGGAGGUCGCCCGGUGCCGCCCUCACUCUCUUUCCCGAUCCACCAACUCCGUCGCUUCCUUUUCCACAACCGACUCCCAGGAAUCGGAGGACUCCCUCCCGGCGCCACAAGAGGUGUCCCACCCUCAACUCAAGGAUAUCCUGGGGGAGGUGACCGCACUCAAGGUGGAAUUUGAUCGGCGUCGCGAGGAGUCGGCAGAUAUCUAUGACUUGCUCAGGCGGGAACGUCAGGCACUGACACGGAGGAUGUCGGAGCUAGAAAACGAGAUUCAGGAAUUGCAAAUGGAUAUUCUUGAGGACUCGGCAGAGCGGGAAGCCAUCGAAGGCACGAUACAUGGACUCGAGAGCUGGGUGGACGAAUGGCAUAGACAGCGCUUGGCGACUGCGGUGGCCAGGAAACCGGGUGCCACUUCCCGGCGAAAUGGUCAACGACGAUGGUCCAAGUGUAGGAUGGAUGAUGUGGAUCAUGACGGCGAAGCACUCUUCGAGGGCCUCACCGCAUGGAUGCGAGGAUGGAAGGAUGUCGAGGAAGGCUUUCGUAUCAGAGAGAGGGACCGCGGCCUGAGAAGAGAAGAAAGACAGAAGGCACGGGCGGAUAUAUAUAAAGGGCACUGCCCAGUAGAAUUGGGACAUUGAUCAAUGAGGCCGAGGCUGUGGAUUGAGGAUUCCAGGCAUGAGGGCAUACCACAUCGGCAUAAUAGUUGCUAAUGUAGUAACGUGCUGGAAAAUUGCUGAGAACUGGUGCGACUCUCAACCGAUCAUGUGCCUUUGAAAUCACCGA